CAGCCGCAAAAAUCGACGAAGCGCCGUUGGAGUCAAAAUUCUUUCUUAUAGCUAGUACAGGCGGAAAGGGUUGGCGUUUGUGGGGACAUAAUUGUCUUUCAGCAGCCACAAUUGCUGUCGCGGGGGGAGCAGGAGGUUAAGAAAGUAGAUAAAAUAAAGGAAAGGCGCUGGAAGGACUUUGCAUCUUCAUGCUUUCAGUCGUCUAGCUGACUUCUAUAGUAAGAUUGCAUUUCUAUAAAUCGGCGGACUCCAUCGUAGCAGCCAGGACAUGGAUGAGGACGACAAGGAUAUGGAGGAGGAGGAGUACGAUUUCGAGUACAGCGACGAGGAGGUGGAGGAAGCCGAUGUGGUGCUCGAAAACGCUUAUUAUGCUGCCAAAGGCCUCAAGGCUCAAGGGGACCUGGCGGGGGCGGUGGAGGGGAUGCAGGAGGUGCUAAGGCUGGAGGCGGCGGGCGAAAGGGGGGAAUGGGGCUUCAAGGCGCUGAAGCAGAGCGUAAAGAUGCUCUUUGCCCUGGGCCAGUACGAGGCGAUGCUCGAGCGCUAUGUCUUCCUUCUUGACCACUACACCGUGACGCCUGCAUCCUCCCAUAGUGCCAGGGCCGCAGUCACACAGCGGCUUUGGUUUAAGACGAACCUGAAGCUCGGGCACCUCCUGCUAAGCGAGGCCAUGCAGAAGGAGGGCGAGGAGAGCGUUCGCCUCCUCGGUCGACUCCAGCGCCUCAUCAAGGACCUGCUCAAGUCCUGCGAGGGCCCGCUGGAGGGGCCGGGAGAGGACGGCAGUGCGGGUGGGGACACGAUCAAGCGGGGCACCCAGCUGCUCGAGGUGUACGCACUGCAGAUGCAGCUUUUUGCUCUACAGAAGGACUCGCGGAAGCUCAAGGACCUCUACAAGCUCGCUCUCGGCAUCACCUGGGACUACAACGCGGCCAUCCAAGCCUUCUUUUCCUCCUUCAAGUGCUACGACGAGGCGGGGGAUCCUCGGCGCUUCACCCUCCUUAAGUACCUCGUCCUCGCCUCCAUGCUGCACGCCUCCACCAUCGACCCCUUCGAUAGCCAGGAGGCCAAGCCCUACAAGGAGGAGCGGGAGGUGGUGGCCAUGCGCAACCUCAUCCUCGCCUUCCAGAAUCACGACGUGAAAGCCUUUGAGACCAUCUUGAAGGUGUUGGUCUGCCUCCUCCUCUACGCCCUGCUUCCGCCUUGUCCACGACCUCUGAUUUCCCCACUUUCCUCUCUCCAGACACACCGACAGGCACUGACCAGGGACACUUUUGUCCGGGCCCACAUCGAUCAGCUUCUAAUUACGAUCCGCACACAGGUCAUAACCAAGCUCCUUGUGCCCUACACGCGCGUUUCUUUGGCCCAUAUUGCUCGUGAGCUCAAUGACAUUCCCGAAGAGGACGUCGAGAGCCUGCUCGUGUCGCUGAUCCUGGACGGCAAGACACGACAGGCGCCGCCGCAGGGGGAAUAG